AGAGCCGAAAAAACCUCGCGAGAUAUUUUCAAUUUCGCGGUCUACCUUCCUCGUUUCAUUGUAAGAUUUUGUGCUUUCCCUCGACCCGUCUUAAAAAUGGCGACUCGGGCGAAUGCACGAUUGAAAUCCUACAAGAACAAAGCUUUAGAUACUGCAGAGAUGAGGCGAAGGCGAGAAGAAGAAGGAGUACAACUCCGUAAGGCCAAACGGGAAGAACAAAUGUUUAAAAGAAGAAAUGUUGAUGUGACAGGAAAAUCGUCUACGCAGCCUGGUGAACUGGAGAGUCUUCUCACCACUAACCACGUUGGUCAGGAUGUAUUUUCACCUGAUGUAGUGGAAGCAUUAUACUCAGAAGAACAGGAGAAGCAGUUAGCAGCUAUGCAAAAAUUCAGAAAACUUUUAUCAAAAGAACCCCACCCACCAAUUGAUGAUGUAAUUAGGUGUGAGGUUAUUCCUAGAUUUAUCUACUUCUUGCAGCGAAAUGACAAUAGCAUGUUACAGUUUGAAGCUGCUUGGGCACUGACAAAUAUUGCAUCUGGGACAUCACCACAAACCCAGUGCGUGGUUCAAGCUGGGGCCGUCCCUGUGUUCAUUACAUUACUUGAAUCCCCACAUGUAGAUGUUCAGGAGCAGGCAGUCUGGGCUCUUGGAAACAUAGCUGGAGAUAGUGCAGAGUGCAGAGAUUAUGUUCUUAACUUAGGGAUGUUACAGCCAGUUCUGGAGCUAUUAAAGCAGUCACCAAGGAUAUCAAUGACAAAGAACUUAGUUUGGGCCUUGUCCAAUUUGUGUAGAGGAAAAAAUCCACCACCUGACUUCUCAAAGGUGUCUGCAUGUUUGCCAGUACUAGCUCGUCUUCUCUUUAUCAAUGAUCCUGAUGUCCUCGCUGAUUCAUGCUGGGCACUGUCGUAUCUGUCAGAUGGUCCGAAUGAGAAGAUUCAAGCAGUCAUAGAUUCUGGUGUUUGCAGAAGAUUAGUAGAACUAUUAAUGCACAAUCUUAGUCAUGUUGUUUCAGCAGCACUCAGAGCAGUGGGAAAUAUUGUAACUGGUGAUGAUGUACAAACUCAGAUCAUCCUAAACUGCAAUGCUCUUCCAAGUCUAUUACAUCUAUUAAGCAAUUCAAGAGAAAGCAUCAGAAAGGAGGCAUGCUGGACAAUAUCUAACAUCACAGCUGGUAAUAGAGCACAGAUUCAGGCUGUGAUUGAUUCUAACAUUAUUCCCAUGUUGGUGGAGAUCCUUGCCAAGGCAGAGUUUAAAACAAGAAAAGAAGCAGCAUGGGCUAUAACCAAUGCCACCUCUGGAGGAACAGCGGAGCAGAUCAAAUACCUUGUGAGUCAAGACGUAAUUAGACCUCUUUGUGACCUGUUAACUGUUAUGGAUUCAAAGAUAGUUCAAGUAGCACUCAGUGGACUAGAGAACAUCCUCAGAAUUGGAAAGCAGGAUGCACUUCAAACAGAUGGUGUCAACCAGUUCGCUGUCAUGGUAGAGGAGGCAUACGGCUUAGACAAGAUUGAAUUCCUUCAAAGUCACGACAAUGAAGAAAUCUACAGAAAAGCGUUCGAAAUAAUUGAGUACUAUUUCAGUGGCGAAGACGAGGACGAUAAAAUCAUGCCAGGCAUUGAUCAGAAUUCCGACCAAUACCAAUUUGGGGCUGGCGUUGCCAUGCCUCAUGGAGGCUUCCAAUUGUAAACAGUGGGUUACACGAUUCAGUGGAGACUUGAGUUAUUCCCCAUCCCUACAGUGGACGAGACAUGCUCUUCCAGGCAAUGGAGGAGUCGUAGACAACCGUCCAAGCUUCCCUGACCUUCCCCUCCCCUCAUGAAAAUGCCACGCAUACACUUACCCUGAGUGUAAAAAGCGCGGGCGGAUAUGCCCAUCGCGUAUGAGCGAGUAGAGAGAGAGUGAGAUAUAUUAUGGUGCGUCCCAAAGAACUUCCCACCCAACAAACCCCAUAAUAAAAAGACCCCACGGACAUUCCUGCCCCCGUCAAUAGGGGCAAAGCGCAACAGCGCACUGAAAGAAAGUACCCCAAGGAUAUUUCCCUUAAUAAUUGGCAAGAACGAAGAGAGAGAGCAACCGAGUGAUUAGUUAAUGUUAGCUUUGUUGAACUUCAACCAGUGCAGAAAAUGAAAAUGUACAGUACACUUGUUAUCUUGGACAAACCAAAGCCAAGGACUUUACUAAUUUCGAGAGGCAUUGGUGUACAGAUCAAAUACUUAGAAAAGACUAUUGAAUGUUACAAAGCUGAAUGCGAUUUAGUUUGCAUCAAGAAUUGCUACAAGGUAUUAAACAUUUUUAAUUUAAGGCAAAGACUUGAUAUUAUGGUAUUAGCGUAAAAGGCUUGUAUAUACACAAUAAAUAUUCCAAGAGUUUCUAGCUGAA